AAUAGGAAACAAAUAAUAAAAUAAACGUGUUUUUGUUGUACUUUGAUGGGGAGCAGCAACUCUAUGCAGAUGAAGAUUUUUAAAAUAAGGACUUUAAAAAGCAACGAAAAAUAUGGAAUUGCCUGUAAGGAUCUCAAAGAGUUGAAGCAGAAAGGAUGCAAGAAAUUCCAGCUGCCUCUCUCUGCCACACGGGUUUGCUUAUAUGAUGACGGAACUGAAGUAAGUGACCAGUACUUGAAGAGAAUUCCAGAUAAUACAGAACUUGUAUUGCUACGAGAGGGAGAAACAUGGCAAGGAUGUAUCACAGACAUCGACCGGUUUUUAAAUGCUUUUUACAAAAAACAAACUGAUAUUGUGGAGGCUGCAAAGAAAUUGCUGUCAGAUGAAAAUGCUCCUCAAAGACAAAAAAUGCUGGUUGACUUCAUUCAUAAUUUGAAUGAAAAUAUAAUGGCAGAAAGUCGAGAAGAGGACAAACCAUGGUUUGAAGGUAUAGAACUUCGAUUCAAAAACAAAUCUAGCUACAUGAGGUAUACUUGUGAAAGCAGAAUACGUAGUUACAUGAAAGAGGUGGAAAGAUACUCUAUAGAUCCAGUGGCAAAGGAUGAAUACAAGAGAAUUGCGGAGAUCAUGUGCAGUGAACUGAAAGCCAUAAAAUACAAUGGCAGUUACUUUGAUAGAAUGGAGCAAAAAACUAAUCGUCUUUGUACUUCGGAAGGAUGGUUUUCUUGCCAAGGGGCUUUUGAUAUUGAUGCCUGCACAUUGAGGCAUUCUAUUAAUCCAUAUAGUAACAGAGAGAGCAGAGUUCUGUUUAGUACUUGGAACCUGGACCACAUAAUUGAGAAGAAACGGUCCAUCGUACCAUGCCUAGCUAAAGCUAUAAAGGAGCGCAAUGGAAGAGAAAUAAAUUGGCCGUAUUUCUUCAACCUGCUAUUCACCACAGAGAAUCUAAAACUGGUUCAUAUUGCCUGUCAUAAAAAAACAUCUCAUAAUUUGUCAUGCGACUGCUCAAUGAUAUACAGAAAAAGGAAAAAACAUAAAAAUUCCCCUCAAAUAAUGUGAUCAAUUUAUAAUGGAUUUGUUUUUAUGUUAUUAAUUUGUCAAUUGCCAUAAUGUGAAUGUUAGGAUCAGGGAUGAGGAAAAUGAUUUUUAAUUUUGAAUAUUUUAAGUAAACAUAUGAUUUUAUCAUGUUAUGUUUUAAUGUAUUACAAUUUAUUUUUAACAUUUUGUUUUAUAUUAAUUGGUAUCUGCAGUAAAUGUUUUUUUAUUUAUAUGUUUAAUUAAUUGGUCUGUAAAAAACAUUUGAAUACAUUUUGGGACUUGAAAAGUAUCUUAUAGAUUCACUUUGCAGUAGGGACGCUAAACACUAAAUACAUUUAAUGCACCUCCCUCUAAUCUUCGAUGCUGCCAUUUUGAAACCUAAACUUACACUGCAGGUAUCUGAAGAAACGUUUCUGCACAUGUGCAGACAGAUCAGCACUGGAAUGAAGUGAAAGAUGCAUUUCAACAUGGUGGCACUCAUGACUAGAGGGAGGUGUGGAAUGACUGUUUAAAAAAAAAUAUUUGGUGUUAAAUGCCCCUUUAAAGGGACUCCAUACACCUUGUAAUUGCAACACUUGCACUAUCUUAUAAUAAAUUAACAAACUGUGAAAAUGUUCAGAAUUUAUUAACACCUUAUUUGCUACAACUGUUUUUCAAUUGAUAUCACUCACAGAUUUGGAGGGAUCAAUCUGGACAUGUUUAUUUUAGGAGACAUGGUUUGCCACUGUCAAUUUGUUAGCAAAAUUUGCAUUGUUUUUCACUAUGUUCUUAUAUUCUCUGUUGAGGCCAGAUAGAGACAGAUUUAAAAAAAAAAUCUGCAUUGAUCAUACAAUGGGGCCCGAUUUAUCAUUUGUCGGACCCGCCCGACAUUGCUGAUGCUGUGCAACCAGUGUUAAAUGCUGUCAGUAUUUAACAUUGCACAAGCAGUUCUGGUGAACUGCUUGUGCAAUGCCACCCCCUGCAGAUUCACGGCCAAUUAGGGGUUGUCAGUCAAUCCGAUCGUAUGCGAUCGGGCAGAUUGAUGUCCACUGCCUAAGAGACGUUGUAUGCGUUAAGGAGCAGCGGUCUUAAGACCGCUGCUUCUUAACUCCUAUUUCCGGUGAGCCUGAAGGCUCACGCGGAAACAGGAACAUUCAGCCCUUAAUAAAUCGGCCCCAUUGACUGUGUAGAGUGUAGUUUGUUUUGUGUAGUGUGCACUUAAAAUUAAGUUAAAUUACAGAGAAAGGGGGCAAAAUAAUUAAAUUAUACUGCAAAUUUGAUGUACAUGAUUAAAUAUUUUAUACAAUCUCAAA